AUGACGACAGGUGUAUUAGGCGGCGCUGCGGCCUCCAGAGGCUCCAUCUCAACAACAACGACAACAACAGCAAUGGGAUCAAUAGGAGCACCGCACGAGGAAGUCUCCUCUACGGUUGUGGAUCAUCUGCGAAAUGCCAUUCGACAGGCGAUGAAAGAUCCCGAGACGGCGGAAGUUGUGGAAUUACUUUGCGAUAAUAACGGAUGGACAGUGGAGGAUUUCCUGCAGACUCCACAUAAAUUUACCACCAUGGAACUUUUUCUUCUCUCUACACCGCAGUUACGGGAAAUACGACUUUUUCCAUACUUAACGGUUGUGAAAAUUAUUCAUGUUGGUUUGGAAAGUAUGGAAAGUUUUUCCCAUCUUCAUCAUGUAGAGGAGUUGUGGCUUAAUGAGAACAAUAUUCGCGAAAUUGAGGGAUUACAACAUAUGCAUCAACUUAAACAACUCUUUUUGCAGGGAAAUUUAAUUGAAUCUAUGGAAGGAAUUCCACAUCUUCCCCAUCUACAAAAGAUGUGGCUUUGCGGUAACCGAUUACGACGUAUUACUGGAUUGAAUUUAUUACCUAAACUAAAAUCUCUUUGGAUUGCCUCUAAUCGCAUUGCAUCACUUGAAGAUGCCUUUACAACUAGUUCCAUACGUUUAGAAGAACUUAAUUUGGCAAAUAAUCAAAUCUACUUCUUGGGUCAACUGACACACUUAACAACACUAAAGUCAUUACGUAAUCUUUGGCUUAGUGAUCCUAUGUAUGGUAGUGCUCCAGUUUGUCGCUUGAAUAAUUAUACUACAUUUUCACUUUGUCACUUAUCACAAUUGGAACAAUUAGAUGGAGUCUCUAUUACUUCAGAACAACGUACACUUGCACUUUCUGUUUAUGCAAAGAAAUGCAUUUAUUAUAGUAUGCGAAGUGCUAUUCUUGAUAGAAAUAUUGCUGUUCUUACUGAUAAAAUAAAACAAGAAACUGAAAGUAGAAGAAAUGCUGCACGUCAAGCAUUACGUCAAUUAGAUCUUGAACUUAUUAAAGCAAAAGAAUAUGAAUUACAAAAAACUUCUACAAAAGAAGGAGAAAUGAAAGAUGAAGAAGAAACUUUAAUGUUUAAAUUACAAAGGGCUCGUGAAACAAGAGAAGUAGAACUUGAAAGAAUUGAACGUUAUUUACUUGAUGCUAUUCAACGUACAAUACUUGAAAGUGAUGGUUUUCAUGAACGACUUACUUUAGAACUUAAUUCUUGUGGUAAUAUUCGUAUAGAAGAAGGAACUGAUAGUGAUAUUUGGUGUACAAAUGCAAAAGAAUUAUUAUCUACAAGAUUUGAUGCUAAUUUAUAUGAAAAUAUGGGAAUAACGGGUGUAAAGGUAAAUCGUGUUUUUCGUAUAAUGUGUCAAGGUAUACGUGAACGAUUUGAUAGUCGUAUGCGGGAAUUGGAUAUUGAUCUUGCAGAUACACGUAAUCGCCGUGCCUUAGUAAGAUUAUUUACUCCUGUACCACACGAAUUACAAGCUCAACGUAAUUUUCUUCAUGAAAUUAUGAUUAAUGGUUUUACAGGUCUUUAUGCGGAAGAAGAGGGAGUUCCUCUUACUAAUAGUUUAUUCUACGCUGAUCAAGAACGAUUAUCGGUGAUAAAUCAUCAUCAUAAGGGGCGAUAUGAUAUGUAUGGCCAUACAUUACCUCCAGAUGCCUUAUCUGGUCAAGUUAUUGUAUCUCGUUUAUUUUUAGGUAAAUGUGUAGCGGAGAUGGGUGGUGGACGUGAUCCUGCGGCGAGUGGGGAACAGCCUUUUAUAAAGAGUGAUAAACGUAAUAUUACCAGACGUCAUUACGGUGAAGAGGUAUUUUCUAUUUAUCGUACAUCUCCACAUGAUACAUCUGUUAAAGUGUGGCAUAUGUUUGAUAAGUAUUUACUACUUCCAGAAUAUGUAAUUGACUAUACAUAUAUUACUAAAAGUCAUUUAUCUGUAAGUCCAGCACUUUCUAUUUAUGAUGAUUUAGCAGGACUUCAAACAUUACUUAAAAAGACUGUACCAGAAUGUUCUCAAGAUGCUCUUCAUGAUACCCUUACGGUUGGAUAUGCAAUGUUUGCUUUCCUUAACUGGUUGAAUUCAAAUGCUUUUCAUUUAUUCGCUAUUGAAGAAACCGCAACUGUGGUACAACGAGCAAAGGAGUUAUACCAUUUAAAACAAAAUACUAUUGAUGUAAAUGGAAUACUUGAUGAUAAUAUUCUUGAAAACUAUGAAAAAAAUAUGAAAUCUAUUCCUGCGACAGAGUUAGCUUCCUAUUGUAAUAUGUCCAAUCAGAAAAUUACUUCCAUUUCAGAGACAUUAACUUCUUCCCUAUGGGGAUCUCUUAAGAAACUCUAUUUACAGAAUAAUAAUAUUUCAUCGUUUUCAUGGGAAUCAUUAGCGAAUGCAGCACCUUUAUUGGAAACUCUAGAUCUUGGUAAUAAUGAACUUCGACAAAUGGAACUUGGGAGUGCAAAAUUUCCUGCUCUCCUUAAACUUUGUCUUAGUUUUAAUCAAUUUCACAUGCUAGAGGAUUUAUUACAAGUUCGUGAAAAUAUGCCAUUAUUAGAGGACUUUCAAAUGGAUCACAAUCCAUGGAUGGUUCUUAAAGAUGCUGAAAUUUAUUGUUUUGCAGUGAUUCCACAGUUAAGAUGUCUUAAUGGUGUCUCUAUUUCACGAAAUGCAUACCUCACAUUUCUUAAAAAACGUACAAUUCUACUAGAUCAAAUGACACUACAACAUAUCAUAUCAGAGGAACAAAAACGUCAUUAUCAGGCAUCUAUUACUAGAUACUUGAGUAUUGGGGAUGAUGAAAGUAAUAACAUCAACGGUAGUAGUAGUGGGAACAACAACCAUAGCCAUAACAAUAACAAUAACAGUAACAAUAAUAAUAAUAAUAAUAAUAACAAACACAACAAAAGUGGUAGUAUUAAAAAUGGGGAUGUUGUUAGAAUUCGUUUUUUUGAUCAGGUAUUUGCAGAAAUGGCAGAACAAUCAGGUAGUGAUUCUGUAGUUCCUAUACCUUCAAAAAGAACAUCCUCCUCAUUUUCGUUUCUUAAGAGUGCUCGUGUGUUUUGUUUUCGUUUGAGUCUUACACAAAGUCUUUCAUUUGUUACACUCUUACCGCAGUUACGUCACCUCAAUUUGUCAUCUCACCUUAUUGAAGAUCUUUCACCUUUGGCAGAACUUCGACAUCUUCGAACAUUAAAUGUAAGUGAUAAUCUAAUUAAAUCGGCUAAACCAUUAGCUGGUAUUAGACUAAUAUCACUAGAUUUAUCACGAAAUCAACUUUCUGGAACUGAAGGACUAGAGAACCUUAGUGAAUUACGUUUUCUCUCCAUAGGACAAAAUUCCAUUACGAAUGUAUCCACACUACAGGGAUGUAAUUCUCUGGAGGAACUUUACUUUGCCGAUAAUCUUAUCAGUGAGGUACGUGAUUUAUACCCACUACGUCAUUUUCCACGACUUCUUUCUAUGGAUGCAGUGGGUAACCCUUGUGCGGGUCGAGGAUCUGCGGAACAACGACAAGAGUACCGUAAUUACAUCAUUUAUAAUCUUCCCAAGUUAAAGGUAUUGGAUGGUAUACCCAUUGGUGAAUCUGAACAGCAAAUGGCAAAGGAAGUAUUUUCUGGUCGAGUGAACUCUGAAAUGCUGGCAGAACGUGUUGGUGCAUCCAGUCAAUGGGGAAGUGUACAUGAAGUAGAUCUCUCACAAUGUGGAUUACGUGAAGUCAUUAUGUUGGAAUCCUUUUCUCGUCUUCAGGUAUUACAUCUUCAUCAUAAUUGUCUAGCUCAACUUGACGGAUUGUUGAAAUUACACAAUCUUGUCGCCUUAAACCUUUCACAUAAUAGACUUGGACAAUAUGCGGUUGGAACUGCCUUACAACACUUGGAAAACUUGCGGUCUCUUUCAUUAGAGAGUAAUCAUAUUACAGAUCUCACAGUAUUGGCUCUCACUUUACCUCGACUUAAAUUUUUAAACCUAAAAGGGAAUGAAAUUGUGUCUAUCGAUCAAGGUUUACAGGGACUAACAGAUCUACGGGAAUUACUAUUAGAUAAUAAUAAACUUCGAUCUCUAGGCCCUGAUUGUUUCGCGAAUAAUCUACAACUUACAGAUAUCUCCGCAGAAGAAAAUUAUAUUCGAUCUACAGAAGGUCUUCAACCAUUAGUUCGUCUUGAAAUGUUAGGACUUGGUUCAAAUCGAUUAAGUGAUCUACGUGCACUACUGAAUGAUCUUCGAAAUGCCUGUUGUUUAGUAAAGGUAACAUUCAUUGGAAAUGCUAUUGCACGCAAGACUCCAUAUCGUGCGCAAACCAUUGCGGCCUUACCCGCAUUAACAAUGUUAGAUCACAAGGAAGUGACGAUAGAGGAACGUGAUAAGGCAGAGUUAAUGCGGGCCGCAGAGCUCUCCACUCCACAUAAUGUCGUGCUCGAUCCCACCUUCUCCGUAGAUGCGGUGGCGGGUGUGCGAAUGAAUGGAGCCGCAGGGGCCACACUGCGGACACUACAGCAGCAACAACAACAACAACAACAACAACAACAGCCAUCAUCAUCAACUCGUUUCCCUCUUAAUAUUCAACCGAGAGGACAACUCCCAGCCUACAAGAAUGCGCGAUCGGUGACACAACUGCGGGACACAGUGAAUGGAAAGGGUUUCAUACCGCGUCUGCAGGGCAGUCGGUAG